UUCCGAGAAGACAACAAAAACCCAGAAAAUCUAAAACGACAAAUUCUAGAAAACCUGUAUCAUCAUCUGCCAUUUAAUUGGAGUUGUGUGAUAUUGUACAAAUGUACAAUUAGACCAUGAAAGUUGUUACUUUUUCUCCAGAUUUCCUCUGUUUAGGAAAAGGAAAAAAGAGCAUUUCAGAGAUGGAAAAGUCUAAAAUGGUUGAUUCUGGAAAACCCCCACGACGUGGAGAAGAAGAAGAAGAACAGGGAGGGGAAGCUGAAGGAGUACCCGAAGUUGCAGCCGAGGAAGAUGAGACAAAAUUGGAACAGAAUGACAGAACCCACCAGCAGCGUCUCUGUGAUUUUUGCUCUGAAUCGAUGGCUAUCUUGUACUGUAGAGCCGACACUGCUAAACUCUGUUUCUCGUGUGAUCGUGAAGUCCACUCUGGGAACCCCCUCUUCCGGAAGCACAAUCGUUCCCUGCUUUGUGAUGCUUGUGAUUCAAGCCCGGCUUCCAUUUUUUGUUCCACGGAGAGUCUUGUUCUCUGCCAGAACUGUGAUUGGAACACUCAUGGUCUCUUAUCUUCUCUGCACGACAGGAGACCGUUGGAGGAGUUUUCUGGGUGUCCAUCGGUGAUUGAUUUUUCAUCGAUUUUUGGGUUUGACAACGUUGGGCACAAGUCUUUGUUGCCGAUGGUAGAUCAGGGUGAUGGUGGCUUGCUGGGUUCUGGGUUUUAUGGUUCUGUGGGAGGAAUAGUGGAUGAGCUUUCUGAUGCGUUUGUAUGGGAAACUCCGCGUGUUUUUAGUCUUGACGAUCUGAUUCUUUCCACUGAUUCGAGCCAUAAUUUCCAAGCUAUUGGAAAUCCUCCUCUGCCCAAGAACCGAAAUGCGACUUGUGGGCAACACAAAGAAGAUAUUCAAUCUCAACUCUGUCAGCUAGCAAAGUUGGAGCACUGUUUGAAUAUUGAUCAUGGGCGAUUUGAAUCACUUAUCAGUGUUAAAACCCAGGUCGUAGAACCAAUUACCCAACAUGGAAAUAUGGGUAAUAUGGAUGCUAGAUUUGAACAUGAUACAGAACAAAUUGUCUCUCCUGGUCACAAGGGAGGUGCACUUCAGUGGCACAGUAACAGUUGCACAACAGCUGGUCCAGAACCCAUUCCUUUUAUUUCUCUCGAAAGCCAUUCGGGGGAAGGAUUGUUGUUUCAUGGGAAACCUACAGAGGUUGGUGACUUUGGUUCCCACAUCAAUUGUGGCUUCAAAGAGCAAACACCGCAUCCAGUUAAAGAAAUCUUGCAGGGACCGCCAAAAUUUGCUCCACGUGAAUUAACAAGCCAAGAGAGAGACUCAGUGAUCUUACGAUACAAGGAGAAGAGGAAAGCAAGAAGAUUCGACAAGCACAUCCGGUACGAAUCCCGGAAAGCUCGUGCAGAAAGCAGGACAAGAAUUAGGGGACGUUUUGCAAAGGUGGAUCAGUGAAAUAUUUGGAUGCGAUCAAGACACUGCAUUUUGAAUUGGCUGGGUUUCUUAGAUGUUUCUAAAUGUGUUUAAGCAGGUCGAUUUUGAGUUUUGUAUCUUUUUGUUUUGGUACAAAUAAAAGCUCAUGAAGUUAAAAGAUUACAAAUGUGCUGUAUAUCAUUUUCCUUUUUGUGCAGUUAAAUGUAAGAAGUUAAUGUAUUUGCUUUCUUUUG